AUGCAUCUCUCAUUAUCCAUAAUCCUUCUACUAAAUUGUACCAUUGCAAUAUUAACUUUUGCAUAUUCUGUUCAAUACGAUGAGCAAGAUGCUUUUCUCACCGUGCCAGAAAUCAUCAGCAAAUACGGCUAUCCAGUCGAAGAACAUUACGUAACAACCCCAGAUGGUUACAUUUUAAAGCUUCAUAGAAUCCCUCACGGGGCAAAUUCAGUACUACCUGCUAAACCAGUACUUGUAAUGCAUGGUCUUCUCUGUUCCUCAGCAGACUGGAUAAUCACUGGUCCCAAUCACGGUCUGGGCUAUUUUUUAGCAGAUCGGGGUUACGACGUCUGGUUAGGGAACGCCCGUGGUAACAAAUUCUCCCGUAACCACACAACAUUAAACCCUGACGCAAACCCAGAAUUUUGGAAGUUCAGUUUUCAUGAAAUCGGUACCAUUGACGUACCUGCAAUGAUCGACUAUAUUCUGGGGGUGACCAAACAACGCCAACUUUUCCACGUAGGGUAUUCACAAGGUACCACCUCGUUUUACAUCAUGACUUCAAUGCGUCCUGAGUAUAACAAGAAAGUUCGUGUACAUGUUAGUCUAGCUCCUGUGGCUUAUAUGGCAUUUGUAAAAAGUCCAAUCCUACGAUUUUUGGCUCACUGGUUUCCUGUAGAAAAGCUUUUCGAAGCGAUAGGCUUCCACGAAUUCAAUCCGAGUAACGAAUUUUUAAAAAAGAUUGCCGAUAAGUACUGUAAGAAGGAUGAAAGUAUUCAGAAUUUGUGCGCAAAUGUGUUGUUUGCGUUGUGUGGGUACAGCCCGGCGGAAAUGAACACCACGCUCAUUCCAGUUAUAUUUGCACAUACUCCGGCCGGAGCUUCCGUGCAACAGAUUAUGCACUACGCUCAGCUCGUAAGAACGGGUCAAUUUCAACAGUACGACUUUGGUAUCGACAACUUGGGAAUCUAUGGCUCACUUUUUCCUCCUCUUUACGAAAUAAAGCAUAUUCAAACUCCCAUUUACCUCGUUUAUAGUCACAACGACUGGUUGGCGGCUUCAGAGGGCGUUUUUACACUUUGUAAACAUUUAGGUGACAAUUGCAAGCAAAAACUUAAAGUUUCCGACAAUCUUUUCAAUCACAUCGAUUACAUGUACGGGACACGAGCCCCGGAAGUUGUAUACGCAAAGGUGACUAACAUAAUGGCGCACUAUUAG